CAGUUAAUGGGUUCAUAAAAUUAGUAGUUAUUAAUAUUAAAUCAUUUUUAUAUAAUAUCAUAAGUAAUAUUAAAAUGAAAGAAAUAAAUCAUAGCACAGAUGUCUUAGAGGACUUGAGCCGACUGUUCCUAAAUGAGAAGUUAAGUGAUGUGGUGUUCAUAGUCGACAACAAACAUAUUGCGGGCCAUAAGGCAGUGUUGUCAGCAAGAAGUCCCAUAUUUAAGGAUAUGUUUUUCAAUCAAACUGUUCUCACAAACUGUAAGCGAGAGAUACACAUCAAAGACUGUUCGGCCCUGUCUUUCAAAAGUUUCAUCAAAUAUAUCUAUACGGGAAAGUUGUCGCUUAUCGGUGUCGAUGAUAAAGACAUUGAAGAGUUAUUGUCAUUGGCUCUCAAAUAUGAAAUCAAACGAUUGACUGAAGCACUUCUUGAACCUAACGCUAAAACUUCUACAAUAAUUGAAAAACAAUUACAGAAACUAGAUUUGGAUGAACUUCAGAACAUUAAAAAGCAAAACAAUACUCAAAAGAGUGUCCAAACUAAAGAUCUGAGCUCUCAUUCAGGGUUUGAAAACAUUGGUUUGGGAACGGCUGUUGCUAUUGAAGGCAUAAAUCCAGAAAAAUUGUUUGUCGACAAAAACAAUUGCGACGAAAAGUCAUUAACAAAACACAAAAUUGAAGUCAAUUCAAAGGGAAUUAUCAUAAGAUUUCAUAUCCCUGUCCUCAUCAAUAUUAUUCGGUUUCGUCUUUUGGAUACCGAUCCUAAACGACAUUAUAGUUACUUCGUUCAGUUGUCGGCCACUAGCAAUCAAUGGGAUAUUGUUGCCGACUAUCGCCAAUACUCUUGUAGGUCGUGGCAAACCAUUUGUUUUGAUCAACGAUUAGUAAAAUUUGUGCGAAUAAUGGGAACCAAAUCGAGUGAAAAACUAUUUUUCUCAAAUACUCUUUACUUUACAAUUGUCUCAUUCAUGUGUGGUCUCAUACAAACACCUAUUAAAUUGAUGAACGGCUUAUGGGAACCACAAGAGAAUAUGGCGUCCAAGAGAAAGGGAGCCGUCGUUAUCAUUAAUGGCAAUUUUUGUAAAGACGCCAAAAUGAUCAACGAUUACGAGUUUGAGUUCAAAAAGUAUAACAAUAUUUGCAGUGAAUUUCAUUUCAACACUGAAUCUCAACUAAUCAUUCAUUUGGCACAACCUAUCAUCACCUCAUCUAUCAGUUUCUAUAUACAUAGCAAUCAAAAAUUUAAAUACACGGUUCGGGUCACUGCCAGCUCUAUUGACAAAGAGUUUAAAGUGUGGACAGUUGUGGCCAACAAACUCACACAAUUCAAUGCCCCGAAGUGGCAGAUCAUCACAUUUGCCAAAACAAGAGUACUUCUCAUUAGUAUUUCAAGUAUCAGAUGUCUCGAUGAAAAUGUUAACAUUUUGCCAAUCCUUGCCUUUUCAUGUCCUUAACAAUCGCAACACUAUUAUC